AUGUUACUCUUUCAGAGGAAAACAAGUCAUUGGAGAACGCUGGUGCGUUAUGGCAAACAGGACGCCCUCGAAUAUCUGCAAGCUCAAAACACAGAACCCCAACAACAUACAAUCAUGUCAGGGACUGGAAACAGGAAUUUCAGAUGGACAAGACCACCCCAGGGAUGGAUGAAGUGCAACUUUAAUGCCGGAAAUGCAAACUCGAAUGCAGGAUGGAUCAUACGAGAUAGUAAUGGUGUUUUUAAAGGAUGUGGUUAUGCACGGAAUGAUAAACCAACGUCAGCUUUGGAAGGAGAACUUCAGGCGCUAAUCGUAGCAAUGCAGAGCACGUGGAGGAGGGGUUACAGAAAGAUUAUAUUUGAAGGAGAUUGCAAACAAUUAGUGGACCUUAUGAAUAAGGAUUCAUUACAUUUUGGUCUCUACAAUUGGUUGGUGGAAGCCUGGUUUUGGAAAACGAAAUUUGAAGAAGCAAGGAUUGCCUGGGUCCCAAGGGAAGCAAAUAGAGUGGCUGAUAAAUUAGCUAAGCAAAAUAUACCUUCAUCUUCAAUGUUUACUUUUCUUUCUUUUCCUCCUUCUUGUAUUUCAGAUGUAUUACACAGUGACCAGGUCUCAUCAUUCUAA